AUGGCUGCACCCAGCUCGCCCUGGCGGUUCGCGCCCCUGAAGGCCGGAACCUCGUCCGACGCGCCCAAGCUGCAGGGCAUCGUGUUUGACAUGGACGGAACCCUCUGUGAGCCGCAAAACUACAUGUUUGGUGAGAUGCGCGCGGCCCUCGGCAUCACCAAGGCCGUCGACAUCAUCGACCACAUGAACGCGCUCCCCGCCGCCGAGCAGCCCGCCGCGCACGCCGCCGUGCAGGGCAUCGAGCGCGCCGCCAUGGCCAAGCAGGCGCCGCAGCCGGGCCUCGACGAACUGAUGCGCUACCUCGACGCCCGCGGCGUCCCCAAGGCCAUCUGCACCCGCAACUUCAACGUCCCCGUCGACCACCUGCUCGGCAAGUUCCUCGCCUACACCACCUUUGCCCCCGUCAUCACCCGCGACUUCUCGCCCCCGAAGCCGUCGCCCGCCGGCAUCCUGCACAUCGCCAAGCAGUGGGCGCUGCGGCGGCAGCAGGGUGGUGACAACGGCGAGGAUCAUGUGGCGAGUGGCGACGCCACGGGGCUCAUCAUGGUCGGCGACUCGAUCGACGACAUGACGGCGGGCAGGGCGGCGGGCGCGGCGACGGUGCUGCUGGUGAAUGACGCAAACAGGGAGCUCGCGGAGCACGCGCAUACCGAUCUUGUCAUCAGCCGCCUAGAUGAACUUGUCGAGAUCUUGGAGAACGGGUUCCAGGGCCGGAACACGGAAACCAGUUAG